UGGACGACUGGUAGUUCUCCUCUCUCCCUCUCUCUGUAUCCUCUGUUUUAACAUUCCCUCUUUCUCUCUCUUCGAGCCAGCCAUGGUUACCGUGCCCUUCAAGAUUUCCAUUAUUGAAUGUAUGGCCCUACUUCUUUUAGCCCUACUUCUUUUAGUCCUCAGGUUUGACCUUUGAUGGUUGCUGAUAUAUAAUUUUAAGGAGAAUAGGGUUUUGGAUUCAACCAUUUUACUGUGAAAUAGAUUAUUGUUGAGAAACUCUAGAGAGAGCCCCAUAUGUUUAAUAGUAGUUCUAUUCAAAAGUUGAAAAUUUACCAGAUGAAGCAUUGAAUUGGAAGUUUUGGAAACAUGGCGAGUGCUACUGAUGAUGAUGUGGUUCUCAGUGAUGUUGAGGGUGAAGAUCCUGCUCCAUUGUCACUUGGGGACCAAAAUUCUGAACUGUCUUUAGAGAAAUUGGGACAGAUUCUCAAGGAGCUUGACGGCGAAAGACUUGCAAGAAAGGCUGCUGAGGCUGCAAAAGCUGACUUACAAACCUCAUUCAAUCGCUUGAAAGUGCUUGCCCAUGAGGCCAUUAAGAAGAGAGACGAGGUUUCACGACAAAGAGAUGAAGCUUUGCGAGAAAAGGAAGAGGCACUCAGAGCAAAAGAGGGACUUGUAGGAGAGUUGACUGAAGCGUUGAGGUUACGAGAAGAAGCCAUGAAGCAAAGGGAUGAGCUUCAAAGACAUAAGGAUGAGAUGAACCGGUUAAUAGAAGAAACCCAAAAAACCAGGGACUCUUUUAGGUCAGAAAUUGAAGCCACUGCACAGCUGCUUGUGAGUGAGACCGAAAAGAUCGCUGCCAAAGUUAAUAGUUUUAAGACUUUUGCAAGUGGACUUCCUAGGUCUACAAAGUAUACUGGCUUGCCUGCAAUAGCUUAUGGUGUCACCAAGAGAGCUGAUGAAAUAGUUGAUGAGCUUCUUAGACAGAUUGACAAUGUAUCGAAGAGUAGAAACGACGUACGUGAACAGAUGGAGCAGAGAAACUAUGAAAUUGCCAUUGAAGUAUCUCAGUUAGAAGCAACGAUUAGUAGACUAAAGGAAAAUCUCUCUGAAAAAUCUUCUGAAUUGGAGAGCUCAGAGAAAUCAGUUUCUGCAAAAGAUUUGCAGAUUGCUGAGUUAAACAAAGAAAUGUCAGAAAAAUCAAGAUUGGUUGAACAGGAGGCCGGGGAUCUAAGGCAACUCGUAGAGGAGCUCAAUGCCAAAUUAAGGGGUUUGGAAUCAAAGAUUGAAAGGCAACGACUGUUGGUCUUUGAUCAAUUGAAUUAUAUAUCAAAAGCUCACGAUCAACUUUACUUUAUAAUUAAGAUAAUUGAUACGAAUUCACCAGAUCAAGCAGAGUGCCCUGAAGAUCGCUUCCUGCCUCAUGAAAUGGAUAUGGAUGAGAAUCUGCGAACUUCUUUGGAUGGAACAAUAUCAGUGUUUGAACUCUCCAGAACAGCUGCUGAAAAAGUAAGGAUUGACAUGGAAACCAAGAACAAUGAAAGAAAAGAUUUGCAGGAUAAAGUUGCUCGAUUGGUUGCAGAGCAGCAACAUAUUGGUACUUUGCUGAGAAGUGCUUUGUCAAAAAAGAUGGGGGCUGAGUCCUUGAACAGCGACAGGGGUCUUGAAGAUCGAUCAUCAAAAAUGAGUUCCAUCCUUCAAGUCGCAGGAAAUGGUGUAAGAGAUGCUGGGAUAGAUUUCAAAUUUGGUUCAGUUCUUGAAAAUUGUGGAAACUGGGAUGCUUCGAAUGAUAAGGAGGAUGAGGUCUUUGGCUUGGCUGGUGCAUUGGAGAAAAUUGUGAGAGCAUCUCAAAUUGAGAUUAUUGAGCUUCGGCGUUCUUGUGAAGCACUCAGGGCAGAGUCCAGUUUACUUAAAGCACGUUUAGAAACUCAAGCGAAGGAGCUCAACCAAAGAAAGCUGCAAAUAAAGGAACUUGAAGAGACAGAAAGGGCAGCAAAUGAAAAUGUUGAAGGCCUUAUGAUGGACAUUGCUGCGGCAGAAGAAGAAAUAGCAAGAUGGAAGGCUGCAGCCGAACAAGAGGCAGCUGCAGGGAGAGCUGUUGAAGAAGAGUUUUUGGCGCAGCUGGGAUUCCUCAAGAAAGAUUUGGAAGAAGCAAAGCUUGGUCUCCAAGAGUCGGAGAACAAGCUCAAGUUCAAAGAAGAGACGGCAGCAGCAGCCAUGAGUGCACGUGAUGCUGCUGAGAAGUCUCUCCGCCUUGCAGAUGCCAGGGCUGCCAGGCUUACAGAGAGAAUUGAAGAAUUAAACCGGCAGCUCGAGGAGUUGGAGAACCGGAGUGACUUAAGUAUUCUGAGAAGGCAAAGAUACAUUUGUUGGCCAUGGCAAUGGUUGGGUUUGAAUUUUGUUGGUCCCCGUCCUGAUGCUGAUCAAAAUACCAAUGAGAUGGAGCUCUCAGAACCUCUUUUGUAGGUUGAUUGUAUAAUCUCAGUAAUUAUUUUUAAUAUAAAAUAGGUGAUGAAGGUUUUGGUCUA